AUGGCCAAAUAUGCCUUUGCCAGCUACAAUGGCUUGCGUUUUCCUCUGAAGUUUAUUUUGUGUCACAUGGCAAGCUUUGAAACUGAAGAUGGCCAACUCAUGGUUGAAGGAAUGCUGGACAUUUUCUGGGGAGUAAAACGGCCUAUACAGCUGAAAAUUCAAGAUGAGAAGCAAAUCCCUUCUUUUACUACAAAGAAGUCGCCAGAUGUCUUUUCCCGAAAAGGGGGAAUGACACGCUGGGGGGAAUUUGAUGAUCUUUAUCAUAUUAGUGAGCUGGACAGGACCCAGAUUCCUGUGACCGUAGCAAAGAACUCUGAGGAAGGUCAGUAUCAGCGUCUUAUUAGUAGGGCAGGCAGCACCCUGAAACUUCAUGCAGAUGAAGAGCCGGAAUCCCCACUGCUCUAUAGAACCAUGAGUGAAGCAGCCCUGGUGGGAAAAAGGAUGAGGCCACCAAUGAUGGACAGAAAAGACAGACAAAACCAUAGGGCCUCUAUUAACGGACACUUCUAUAACUAUGAGACAUCAGUUUUCACUCCAGCCUUUGAAUCAGAAACUAAAGUCAGAAUAAACAGUAACAUGAGAACGGAAGAAGUCAUAAAGCAACUUCUCCAAAAAUUCAAGGUAAUUCUGAUGAACAUUAAAUUUAAGAAUCACUGUAUUAGAAUAAUUAUACAAGGAGAAAAAGGAACAAAUAGUUGGGGCUUUUCAACCAUUCAGUUGAAGAUUGCUGUUGGGCAAAACGUGUAG